UUUUCUCCGGGUACUCCGGUUUCCUCCCCCGGUCCAAAGACAUGCGUGGUAGGUUAAUUGGCAUCUCUGUAAAAAUUGUCCCUAGUGUGUGAUUGCGUGAGUGAAUGAGAGUGUGUGUGUGUGCCCUGUGAUGGGUUGGCAGUAUCCUGGUGUAUCCUGCCAUACAUAUCCUGCCUGUAUCAUGACGCCUGAGAUAGGCACAGGCUCCCCGUGACCCGAGGUAGUUCGGAUAAGCGGUAGAAGAUGAGUGAGUGAGUGAGUGAAUGGUCUGAAUAAAAUAGAAUAGAAUAGAAUAGAAAUGGAUACCAUAAAUAUUUACACUCCCCAAAAAUGGUACAUCUCUGGGCUUGAACUGUUUAUGAUGUUGAUUGAAAAUGCUUCAUAAAUUCAUAAGACAAAAAUAAUAAUAAAAGAAUGGCCAGAACCAAUGUAAAGGGAACCAUGGUAGAUCAUUAACUAAGAUUAUGUCAUGAGUGUAAAAUGUCUAUAUAGUAUACAGUGCUUUAUAUUCCAAAGGUCAUUUGGAAGUUGGCAGAUUCCCUUGUUAGAAAAGUACAAACAAUAUUGUUCAUUGCAGUCAUAUGUAAGUAUCACAUUAAACAAAUAACUAAAGUGUAAGGUGUAUACAUUAUACUCUAAGAUUAAGCCUUCAUUUCCAUUUCUCUUGUUGCCUUGAAUAGCUAACAUGAAUACUGUAUACAGAGAUGCCAAGAUUGUGGUGGUUGGUGCAGGAUUUGCAGGUCUGGCUGCAGCAGCCACUUUGAUCAAGGCUGGAUUUCAGGAUGUCAAGAUCAUUGAAGCUAAAGAUCGUGUAGGAGGAAGAGUUUGCUCUACUAAACCAUUUACAGAGAACAUUAUCGAACUUGGUGCUAACUGGAUCCAUGGACAGGAUGGGAAUCCCCUCUACCAGAUAGCCAAAGAGCAAGACCUGCUGGUUGAGACCAUAACCGCAAGCAAAGUCAUGUGCUUGCCCCACUCCGUUACUCCGCGUGAUUACUUUUUCAUGGAUGGUGGGAAACAGCUUUCAACUGGCAGUGUUGAUCAGGUAUGUUCCCUGUUCAGUAAACUAACCUCAAAAGCCUUUGAGUCUGAGCUGGAGGAUAAACAUAGAUCCUUAAGUUUGGGGGAAUAUCUUGAUGUAUCUUUUGCUGAAUCACCUUUAGCUACAUCAGAAGAUGGAUCAAAAAUAUUUGAAUGGUGUAAAAGAAGUGAAUGCACAGAUGAGGCAGCUUCCUCUCUAUAUGAAGUGUCUGCAUCUCAGAUUGGUUACUACAUUGCUCUUGAAGGAGGCUUUUUUAACUCCCUUGGUCCUAGGGGUUAUCAAGCAAUUUUAGAUCUUCUUCUGAAAGCCCUACCUUCAGGAACUAUUCUCAACAAUACAGCAGUAAAAAGCAUUCAGUGGGACUUCACAGCAAGCUCCCAAGGCAACAAGGAUAAAGAACAGCACCACAAUGUUCAAGUGAUCUGUGAAAACGAUAAAAUCUUUGAUGCCGAUCAUGUGAUUGUGACUGUAUCUCUGGGGGUUUUAAAACAAAAAGCAAGAACCAUGUUUGAACCUGCCUUACCAAAAUCAAAGCUGGAUGCUAUUGAGAGGCUUGGCUUUGGUACCGUGGACAAGAUCUUCCUGUGUUUCAGUGAAAGAUUUUGGCCAGAAGACUGUGCAGGAAUCCAACUUGUGUGGGACGAGGGACCUGAAGAUAAGGCAGUCUAUAGCAGUCAAAGUGAAGAGGAUACCUGGAAAAAGACAUGGUAUAAAAAGAUCUGCGGUUUUGAUAUUGUGGCCCGUCACCCUACAGUACUCUGUGGCUGGAUCACAGGCAAAGAGGCUCUUCAUAUGGAGACAUUGCCGGACAGUGAGGUUCGAGACACCUGUGUAAGAUUGCUUAGCUCCUUUACUGGCUGGUCUGUGCCUGAUGUGACCAAAGUUUUGAUCUCCAGGUGGGGUCAUGACCCACAUGUACUAGGCUCCUAUACAUUUGUUCCUCACUUGGUGAAUGGGGUGAAAGAGCAUGAGAUACUGGCAGCACCUCUUCCUUCUUGUAGUGAAGUCUCAGAAAACAAGCCUCUGCAGGUGCUGUUUGCAGGUGAAGCCACUCAUGUGAACUUCUACACUACCACCCAUGGGGCCUAUCUGACUGGGCUAAGAGAAGCAGAGAGACUCAUUAACCAUUACUCUUAUUAAAACUCUCUGUCCAUAGGACCAACACUGAUGCAAUGUUUUUCUACCUGAUGAUACUAUAAUAAAAUGUUAAGUUAAACAAGUUAUAUUUGAACCAAUUUCUGUGGCAGUUUUCCAUCCGUUUAGGCAAAUCGUUUACCUUAGGUUUGAUGAUCCUGUAAUUUAUACUAUAUGUAAUUGAUGGUUAUUUAAAUCAAAGUCAGUAUUGUAACUUAUUGAAGGUCUGAAUGAUCCAAAGUUUGAUGCAUUUUGCAGUACCUGAAUUGUAGACACAAGGUUGCAUUCAGCUUAUUUAAAAGACAAAUACAAUAAACUGCUCACUGAU